ACAAUCAUGGCCGAAACAAUCACUACAAUCUCACCCAUUACCAACAAGGGUAUCAUCGAGCGCCAAGGGCUCAGCGACUCGGAACUCAGCGAGUUGGCGAGCAGAUCCGCUGAAGCCUUCAAGUCCUACAAGAAGACAUCGUUGGACGAACGCAAGAACUAUAUCAAGAAGGCUCUCGAGCUCAUCACUUCCAAACAAGAUGAGCUGGCCAAGGAGAUUACCGAGCAAAUGGGACGCCCAAUCGCAUACACAGCUGUCGAGGUGAAGACGGCCGUCGCCCGUGGCGAGUACCUGCUUAAGAUCGCCGAGGACGCCCUCUCCGACACUCCUGGCGAGCCUCAGGAAGGCUUCAAGCGCUUCGUUCGCAAGGUGCCUCUGGGUCCCGUUCUUGUGCUCUUUCCAUGGAACUACCCAUACCUGACUCUUGUCAACUCAAUCGUUCCUGCUCUUCUAUCAGGCAACACUGUCAUAAUCAAGCCCUCGCCGCAGACACCAACUAUCGCCGAACAAGUCGUUUCUGCCUUCAACCAAGCCGGCCUUCCCAAGGACGUCAUCCAGUACUUCCACUGCGGUGACUUCCAGAAGAUUGAGAAGCUCGUCAAGAACCCCGAUAUUCGGCUUGUCUGUUUCACCGGCUCCGUUGCUGGUGGUCUCGCCGUUCAAAAGGCCGCAAGCGACAGAGUAGACUCGAGAGUUGGUCUCGAGCUAGGUGGAAAGGAUCCAGCAUACAUCAGAUCCGAUGUCGACCUGGCAUGGGCCGCCGAAGAGAUUGUUGACGGUGCUAUCUUCAACUCUGGACAGAGCUGUUGCAGCAUUGAGCGCGUCUAUGUCAAUGAGAAGGUCCACGACGACUUUGUCAAGGAGCUACAANAAGUCUUGGCCAAAUACAAGCUGGGCGACCCAUUUGACAAGUCCACACACGUCGGUCCUGUUGUUUCCAAGCGCUCUGCCGAGACCAUCCGCGCUCACGUCAAGGAUGCUAUCUCCAAGGGUGCUCAGGAUAUGACACCCAAAAACUCGUCUUUCGAGUCACCGCCGGCCGACGGAAACUAUGUGGCUCCUGUCCUCCUUACCAAUGUUUCUCACAAGAUGGAUGUCAUGACCGAGGAGACUUUUGGCCCUGUUAUCCCGGUCAUGAAGGUCAAGGAUGAUGCCGAAGCCAUUCAAUGGAUGAAUGACAGUCAAUUUGGCUUGACUGCCAGCAUCUGGACAAAGGAGACUGAAAAGGGUUAUGAGCUUGCCGAUGAUGUUGAAGCUGGAACCGUCUUUGUCAACAGAUGCGACUACCCUGCUCCCGACCUUGCAUGGGUCGGAUGGAAAGACUCUGGCAAGGGACAGACCCUGUCAAAGUUCGGCUUUGAUCAAUUUUCCAGACUCAAGAGCUACCACAUCAAGGACUACCCAAAAUAA